AUGAAUAACAGCAACUUCUGCUUCAUGAAUUCGAUGCUGCAGGCACUCAUGUUUAUUCCCCCCUUUGCGCAACUGUCCGUCUCCGUCAGCUGUGAUGCGCAGGUACGCCAGCUGUGCCCCACACUGGCGACUCUUGGAAAGUGGACACUUCAGUACUGGAAGCCCGGUUUCACGCGGCUACCGAUGAUAGCCCCAAUGUUGAUGCCACGCAUGCCUGCGGGCGCCAAGAGCAGUAAUAGCGGCGCUCCUCGGUCGGCCGUGAUCCCCACGUCGCAGCGGAUCCUUGACGGCUCUGUGCAGGAGGACGCGCAGGAAUUUCUCCAGAAGUUGCUGGAGCGUGUGUAUGAAGAGCUGGUGAGUCUCGAGGAAGCUUUUCAGCAGGCCGACGCGUCUGAGGCAGCUACGGAGAGCGAUAUGGGGUCGAAUGCCCCUGCUGUCGCGGCGAGCAGCGCCAGUGGUGAUGACCGCACCGAUGCUCGAGACGACGCCACCACCUCGACCUUCCAGAAGAAGGGCUGGACGUUUGUGAAGGGAAAGGAGAAGCUGGCGGUGCGGGAGUACGAGGAUGCGCAAGGGCAGUCAAAACUAAUGGCCAGUAUCUUUGGUGGCACGCUGGAGAGCCACUUGCAGGGGAAGCAGCGCCAGCGCAACCGUGUGUCGGUGCUCAUCGAGAAGUACUACUGUCUCCCCGUCGACGUUGGCUUUGCGCCCGAGUGUACGGUUGAGCAAGCUCUCGAGCGGACCUUCAUGACAGAGCGCAUCUAUGACAGCGAGCAUGAGCAGCACCUCAAGAAGACGCUCCGCCUCGGUCAUCUGCCCUCUAUUCUCUUUCUGCAGCUGCGCCGCUGGGCCGUGACGCGCGAGGGCGAGCUCGUGAAGCUCGACAACGUUGUGCGUAUCAAGCGCACCUUGCUGAUUCCCCGCACCAUCUGCGGUGAUGAGACCCUGGGCAACACAGAGCGAACGUACCGUCUCUUGUCAGUGGUGUGCCACCGCGGUGACGCCGUUAGUCGGGGGCACUAUGUCACCUACUUGGUGCACCACGCCGCGACCCCAGCGGUCCUGAAGGUGCAGUCGAGUGAUCCGGGCAACAAGGACACUGCGAUCCUGCGCUCGCCGCCUGACACGGCGACAGUGAUUCUCUGUAAUGACGCCAACAUUUCUGUGUGUCCAGCAAAGAACAUGGAAAAGGAGACCAUGUACUUUCUCGUCUACCAAAAGACAAGCUGA